UUAACCUAUGAAUUUUGUAAUCGUGAAAAAAUGUCUUGCGGGAAUUUUAUAUUAAAAAAUAGUUUAAACUAUUACUUAAAAUCAUCAUGCCCACUAUUAUUAACAUCCAGAUAUGGGCAUACACUUCGUGGUAAACCACCAGGUGUUGCCAGAACCCUUGAACAAAGAUUACAAGAUGAGAAUCCAAUUGAUCCAGAAGUUGUAGAACAAAUUAAUAUCGGAUUCCCAAAACUGAAACGAUCACGUUCAAUUGAAAUGAAGGAACGUCUUGCACACUUAAAAAGCCAAAGAACCAGUCCACAGUUGGAGAAAACAGCUCGAAGGAACGACUUGACUAUCGACCUGGAUAAGGUCUAUAAUGAAUACAAAAACACAACAGGUCAACACGAUCUAAGGAGAAUAGCAGAUCACUACAAUAUAUUUAAGGAUCUAUUUGGUGAUGCUUACUUUGUUCCAAGAGUGGCUUUGGAUAUCAAGUAUGAAGCUAGUGGUGACACAUUUGUCCCAGUUUACAAUGGCAACAUUGUAAAACCGUUAGAAGCUGCAAAGCAACCUCUUGUGAGUUUUGAUGGAGUAUCUGAUCCCAUAACAGGAGAGAAAUCCAGUAAAGAUUCUUACUGGACCUUAAUUGCCACGAAUCCUGAUGGUCAUUUUACUAAGAGUGACUCCGAGUAUGUUCAUUGGUUUGUUUCCAACAUUCCCAAUGGAGAUAUAGCAAAAGGCGAAACUUUAGUCGAAUACAUGCAACCAAUUCCACCAAAAGGAAUCGGAUUCCAACGCUACAUAUUUGUUCUAUACAAACAGAACUCAAAAUUAGACUUCAGUGGAUACAAAGUUAACAAAAGCGACGAUCUAGAACUACGUACAUUCAAAACUUUAGAUUUCUACAAGAAGUACCAAGAUGACAUAACACCAGCUGGACUUGCCUUCUUCCAAAGUGAUUGGGACACGGGAAUUACAGAUUUCUAUCACAAUGUUCUCAACUUAAAAGAACCAAUUUUCGAAUAUGAGUUCCCGAAGCCAUAUCUGCAGGACCAGAAAUGGUUCCCAUUGAAGCAACCAUUCAACUUGUACAUGGAUAAACACCGAGACAUCAAACAGGUGAACAAAGAAUAUUUGGAGAAGAAACUUGCAAAAACACAUCCGUUCGAGGGCAAAGAAGCACCAUUGAAAUUCCCCAAUGCGCAUCCAAUAAGGAAUGUACCAUCGUGGCUGAGAACAGAAAUAAGGAAGGAACGAUUGAGCUUGGGUAGAAUAAAUGAUUACAAAUAAAUUUUGUUUGAUUGUUAACUGAAGUAAAUAAACUUGUUUAUAAAAUCAA